AUGAAACUGACAGUUCACAGCUACGUUUAUGAUGAAGGGCCAAUGUUGUCACACUCUGCUGCGACGCUGGAGCUCGGACGCGACCUAGUUCAUGCAGCCUCAUCUAGUCUCCGAUGGAGAAAACCGUCUGUCUCCUUUAACAAACGACUGUUCGCACUGAAACACAACCGACUAUAUCAAUUCAGCGUGAGCCCGCCGCAGGUUGGCAUACCGGCGCCUCAAACACAUGUUCUUAAGGACUGGGGGGUUCCUCCGACUGACGAAGAAGCAUUGGCAAUUGAAACCCUUGAGGAGUUUAUACAUCUCAAGUGGGAAGUCCCCUAUGCUCGUAUUGCCCGAAAGCGCCCUGCACUGCAGGAUUCACGCUCAGACAUCCAUGAUCCACAAUCGCGACAGACCGCGCGCUCUUCAACAUAUGAAGUGCCUCUAGAACGACCCACGACGCGACCCAGAUACCAUACCGCCUCUAUUUCAAACUUGAUACCCCAGCCUCAUUAUGUCCCAGGUCCGCAUGUUGGUUUUCGGCCGUUGGACAGCGAGCACCUCAGGCCUUACAGAAAAACUCGGCCAUCACUGAUCGCACCGUUUGACCUUGCCUCGGCUAAGCUUUUCUUGAAUAGUAUUUACAAGAGGGCGGCAUGGCUUAUUCCUCUGCGUGGCAUCCUACCAUGGGACGGUGCUACCUGUGCCACCAUCCUGGAACCCCCGCGAGUUCCACAGGGAGAUGAUAUUUCUCCGCUCCCCUCUGGACCUGCACCGCUAUGCGACGGAAUUUCAGGAAUUACUUGGACUCAUAGUUCGAUCGUGCACUUCUGGCAUUUCCUGAUAUCCAUUCAGCAAGCUGAAAAUCUUGGGUCCAUCUCGAUUGUCUUCCAUAGCGCACUGUCGGAUACCGCAUCUACACUUGACAGUGCACUCAGCUUAACGUCAGGAAGUGGCAGUUGGCUUGUUCAACCUGCACAAUCGAGGAGAUCCGCUGAUCUUUCCGGUAGCUUUUCGGAUGAGGAUCGUCAACUGGAAGCAACGGACUUUAUCAAGGUGUAUCAUGAUACCAAGUACUCGUUCUACCUCCGAAAUAUUCUGGACGCCUACAGGUACAUUCCCGAAGAAACCGUAUCAGACUCGGAGAGAAGAAACCAAGUAACGGGAUUGAUGACGAAGGUCAGAGUACUGAGAUUAGCACGACUCGUAAUUGUCGACGACCGAUCCAGAGCUGUCUUAUUGUCCUGA